UAUGAUGCCGAUCCGUCAGCAGGAGUAUAAUUGUAGUAGAGAUGUUCAUGUUGAAGAUCGCCAACCUACUAGCGGCAGCACUGUAUUGGUGUCAUCCAGACAGCAAGUGGUCAAGAUUUAAUCAGGGCCAGUAGAAGAUAGACAAAGAUUGACGACAAAAUGGCGGUUAGUAGCGCCCGUCUCUACGAGGACGACGAUCCUGUAAUCAGCGACAACGACGACAGUGACCGCGACGAUGAGGAAGCAAGCGAAAACUUGGACAUGAUCCAAGCGGAACAACGGACGACAUCAAAGCAAGAUAAGGUCGAAGUAUCAAAUGUAAAAAUGUCUGGGUCUGGAAGAUUGCCAGGCUUGUCAUGCACAUUUUGGAUGACUCCUGAUGUCUGUGAUGCAUGCCCUAGCAUCACAGAUUUUGUGAGGGCUUCCGGAUGCCUAUACCGCAUGACAAAUGCUCUUUCCGUGUAGCAAAACUUGGGCUCUCUUUGCUGCUCAUGCAAUGCAGAUUUUUUUAGAAUCCAAAAUCAGCAUGACAAGUUGGAAUCUUCCAGACCCAGACAUUUUUACAGUUGAUACGAAGUAGAUGUUGACGAUGAUCCGGACGACUUGUUUGGCGACGGAGAGAUUCUGCGCGAGGUGAAGAUAUGGAGAGAAAAAAGUUUGUCACAGUCACUAACUUGCAGGUUUUGCAUUACAAAUUGUCUCAGCAUCACAAAGUUUCCUUGUAUUGCAGAAACACUAGGGAAAUCUCUAAUGAAGUUUGGCUGUGAUGCAUUUUGACGCAUGACAAACAGUUUUGUAUUGCAAAAAUGCGCAUGAGUGAUCGUGACGAACUUUUUUUGUUUGAUAGAAGAAAGUUGUAACCUACAAAGAUCAAGAACACAUAGAACAAGACGCAAGAGGAAGAGCAACAUCUUCUAGGCCAACUUCCGCAGCGGACGAAAGAACUACGAGUGGACCAGAGUCUGCACCAUCUAGUUUUUCUUCAUCAGCAUCACGGAGACGGACUACCACGCGAGGACCUCGGGAUGAUGUUGAGCAAACAGAGCACGAUUUUGUUCCUGGUGAUGUCGACCCAGCAGCAGAGGAAGAAGGAGAGGUCCUCCUCGACGAAGCCGAAGGCCUUCACUCGCAUGACCAACAAGAACCACUGCGGCCCGAGAACAACAACCUUCCCCCAGGUCUAAAACUCCGAAUUCGCUUGCCACAGUGGAUGUUGCAGCUGCGGCAACAAGUUUUAGCGAACGCCGUCGCGGUCGCAAAUCGGAGAGCGCACAAAAGUCGUGGACCUGCUGUGCCUCUAGUUCCUCUCCUAGCAUCGCAAAUCCCAUCGAAAGCUUGUCCUCCGUCUUCAAGAACAACUUCUACCGGAGAAAAUAAUAACCCCUGUCUGGUGAAGUUGGCCGAAGAUGUGAAUUUCUCGGGGAAAGAGUUUGAGGCGAUUCUGGCGGCGGGAAGAAGAAUAAGAGGAGGAGGAUCAGCUGCUGGGGAAGAUCAUAGUACCGAUGGCGAUGUGAAUGUUGAGCAUGAGCAAGAAAGUUGUUUCCGCGAAGUCGCCAGUUUGUCAACCGGGAUGCACAGUGCUCUGGGUUGUAGCAUGACGAGCAACGACGUGUUCGAGCAAGGAAGCUGCUGCAACACGACCUCAUCAUCAUCCACAGUCCCUACUAGCUCAACGUCUCCCGCCGACCGCCUCUGGCCGAAUUCAGUCGGGUCUUCAGCAGGAGGAGAGUCCUCGUCGGCUAGUUUGAUGAACACAGGAAGUACGGUCGCACCAUCCUCAGGAGCUCCUGGUCCUGCGCAUCAUGAUAGUGAUGAUCAUCUAGUACAGGAGGAGGCUCCAGCCACCAUUGCCCAGGUAGCGAAACAGAAAUUUACCUGGAGGAAGCAACAAGGGAUGAAAAUGAACAACGACAGUGCCAGCAGCACACCAGCCGGAAUAAAUAAAGAGCAGCAGGAGCAGGAGCACCAGUGGGUCGCAGCGUCCUCCAUGCUGGAAAAGCGGCCGAGAAACCUAACGAGAGCCGAGAAGAUGCGAAAGAUGGCGGAGUGGUUGAGGAGACGCAAACGGGUCCAGAAAUCCAAGGACAAAAUGACGAACUGCCUGAAGAAGUUCGUGGGGAAGGUAAAUUUCCCAAACUCGACCCCAGCCCAGAGCGAACGCUUACUGGACGCCGUCUGCGUUUCCACGGCGGCGCGAUUGGAGAAAAUGGGCGGCGAACAAGGUCACAACGUCCCGGGAUUGAAAGAGAUGCUCGAAGGGCGGAAGACGACUCGGUUGUUUGAACUGAAAAACGUAAACGACAGGAGGAUAGGGCAGCAACAAGAAUCCCGAGGAACAAGAGAUCAACAGAAGCCGCACGGUUCUACUAUCAGUUCUGCUUCCUCAUCAUCAUCUCCAAAGCGUUUUGUCGCGACCGAGGCGAGCGGAUCCGUCCCCGAUCUCCCCAUUGCCUGGCAGGUUGUACGCUCGAAAAUGGAGCCGGACGUGGCAGAUUUGGUGCCGGUGUUCAAAACCGUGCAUCUCCAGCAGUAUUGCAGGAAUUAUCACGACUUUGAUAGUUGUGCUGUGCAGGAGCCCGUACGGGAAGAAGAGGCUGGUCAACAAGAACAUCUUGCUGCCCGGCAAGAACGCAAAAAAUCUUUUGGAUCAUCAGCUUCACAUUCGUCAGCGGCGCAAAUCGAGCAACAAGCCGUGCUGCACAAUUUUUACACGGAAGUGGAGCCGGACUGCCCCCGGGCUUUGGUGAAGGAUCUAGCGCCGAGUUACAAGAUCAGAAACGACAGCAGAAGAGCGCUUGCGCUGUCGCAGGCACAGAAACAACAGCAGGUUCGUGGUGCUUCCCAAAGCGCAGUAGAGAAAGGACAAACCUCACCACUAGGUGGUGAAAGUAAAAAACCACUUUCCGACGAUGAGCGCUCGUCUGUCACGACCUCAACGACCCGAACUUCCACGACAAAGCACACCCACAACUCGUCCACCGGCUCUUCUUGUACUAUCGCAGGAACAACAGCUUCUUCCACCAGCAGCAGUGGCACCCCCUACAACCUUCCGUCAUCAUCAAAAGUAGAGAAGCUGUACACGCUGGAAGACGCGGAACUGGUGAUGAAGAAGCGCAAGGAACGGCGACAGAAGGAGUGGCGUCAGCUGGAGCGCUACGCUUUGAAUCGGUUGAACAUCGUUCUCACCCAGCGCGCCGACUUGUGUCACAACGCGGGAUCGACUUUUCUCUCCAUGAACGGGGGAAACAAUGGCAGCAACAACGGACACGCGGAGCACUUCUACAGCUCGACGCACUAUUCCGGCCUGUCAACCGAAGACUUGGACGGCACGGGGCUGGCGGGGAGUGGUGCUGGGGAUGUGGAUUUGGGAGACGAAACCCUGGAGCACGCGAACGACGAGGCGGAUCACUUGGUCGGCUGGGAUGACGCUGCUGUGCAGGAGGAGAUUUUGUUGAACAAGCCGGACGCGAAUGGGGUGUUAGAGGGGGAGGAAACGCUGGACAGAGAAGUGAAUCCGAGAGGGAGAGAUGGGGAAGAUGAUCGCGAGGGGAAUACUAGUCAUACAGACGAUGAGUCCGGGACUGAGGACGGCGGGAACUACGUCGAAAAAGACGGGACUACAGGCAGAAAGAGGAGACGAACCAACUUCGACGAGGAAGAUCUAGAGGAUGAAGUUCUCAUCGAUGCAGACGGGAAGAUGAUAAAGAGGCCAAAUAAACUUGUUUCCAAGAAAACGAAAAAGAGCGCCGGAGGUGGUGGCAACGACGGCAAAACAGACAAAAGUGGUGAACAGCAAGAGGAACUCAUGAAGAUCAACGACGACAUGCUUUCCGCCGAUAUCAAGGAGGCAUUGAGAAGGUUAAAGAGCAGCACAAAUUUUUCAUCAUCAUCAUCAUCAUCUCCGGAUGAUCCGCAUCAGGCUGGUGUACUAGUUGAUGACACCGAUGUGAAUUCCGCGAAGGCGAUCUUGAGCUCCAAAUCCCUGCUGAACAAGACCGAGGUGUCCACCAUGACCAAGCAGGAGUUAUCGGCUUUGGAGAAGAAGAAAAAGGAACAAGCAGAACGAGCGAAACAGAAAAAGCGGGAGAAAACGGGAAUCAGUAAGGAGUUGGAGCAAAAAAUUGAGCAGAUCCGACCGACGCUGGUGAAGCAGAUGCGGCAACUGCGUUUAGACAGCAACGACGAGGAGAAGUGCUCGCCACUGCAUCUGCGGAAGUGGUUUCAGCUGCCGGUGAAGGGGUACCAGACCUCCCCACUGUUCCUCGAGAUCCGCAGCCACUUGCAAGACAUCGCGGACAUGAGCAUCGGGGAAGUUGCGGGGAAAAAAAUGCCGGUGUGGGAGUUAAAGUCGAAGUUUUUGGAGGAGGAAUCGUGAUGUUCUUGUGUGACGAGAUGCUAGCAGCUUUUUGAAGUGGUGAUGUAGUGUCAUUGUCUGUGUAACUACACGUACUGAACAGAGGAAAGUACCGCAGCUGAUGUUGCCUACUGGUCUCGACAUUCCAGCAUGCUUGCCUUUAGCUGAUGAAAAUAAUUUGACGUGAACGCUUUCUCCCACCCGGAGGCGGAACAUGUCCCGAAUUUGAUGAAUUGAGAUUGCCUACUAGUAUUUGCGACAGCACUGAUUAUGAUUUAUGCCCAUACGG